CUUUCAUCAAUUAUUAUUUCACCACGAAAUCAAUUACAGAGAACUGGAAAAUGUACUGUAUUGCGAUCGAUCCAAGGCGCGGAUUCACCGUCAUUCAACUAUGUGAUUGAAAAUGUCACUGCAGUGUACCAAAAACUGGGCUCCAGCUGUUCUGUGAUCUUUUUCAAAUCCUUCGUCAGUCGUGUCUGUGCCUCGAUAACUAAGGUCAAGCGAUUCGGAAGUUUGUAUUCCGUCUCAGUCCCCAAUUCGCUUCCAAAACCGGUGGCGUACAAAUUAGGGUUCUCUUUUAUUGAAGGGGACUCAGCUGGUUUUCGGUCUUCUGCUGAAAUGUCCAUCCUGGCGGAUNAAUAUAUAUCUAACAUUACUGCAAAUUCUUCGGAUAACUCGUUGGGUCCCGUAAAAUUGUUACUGGCGGGCCCCAAGAGCGCGGGGAAGUCCUCACUUUUGCGUUUUCUGGUGAAUCGUUUUGUGACGCAGCCUGCAAACGGACACACUGCUCGACGAAUCGCAGUGCUGGAUUGUGAUAUAGGUCAGCCCGAAUUUACACCUUGUGGAAUGAUCAGUUUAACUGUCGUCUCCCAUCCAAUCAUUGGCCCUCCCUUUAUGCAUCAGAUAUUGAAAAGCCCCAAACCCGUGAAGUACAAGAUGGUGAGGUGUUGGGCCCAGUUGGAGGCAGGCAAAGAAAUGCACAAUCCAACUGUGAAUACAUACCUUUUCAAGCAUUCUGCUCCUGACCUGAUCAGCUAA